AUGAAGCACUUGGUCCUGCUGGUUUGCAGCCUCCUGAUGUGGAGGGUGGGUGAGACGAGGUCGGAUGCUCCAGAAAAGUUGUCCCCGCUGGCUCCGGGAGCCCCCUUGGCCCCUCAUCCCUAUCCCCUGCUGUCCCCCCCAGCUCUCAGCACGAAGGAGACCUUCCUGGUGCUCUCACUGCACAACAAGUUGAGGAGCAAAGUGCAACCCCCUGCUGCCAACAUGCAGAAGCUGGAGUGGAGCGAGGAGCUGGGGCGGCUGGCGGGGGCACGGGCAGCCAGCUGCCUGGAGGGCCCUGCUCCACCACCAGCCCCAGAGCUGGGCUGGAGCGAGGCCCUGCUGCCGGCGGGCACUGGAGGCUUCGGGGCCGUGCUAGAGCUCUGGUUUGCUGAGGGACAACGCUAUGACUACAGGACAGGGCGCUGUGCCAGCAAUGCCACCUGCCGCCAUUACACCCAGCUGGUGUGGGCCACAGCGGGGCAACUGGGCUGCGGCCGGCACCGCUGCCCUGGCCCCCACGGCCCCAGCGAGGCUUUCACCUGUGCCUACUCGCCGGGGGGCAACUGGGAGGUGGCCGGGACGCCCAUCCUACCCUACAAGCAGGGACCCUGGUGCUCCCUCUGCACUGCUGGCCUCUCUGGCUGCUUCAAGUCCUGGGACCACAGCGGCGGGCUCUGCGAGGUGCCCAGGAAUCCCUGUCGCAUGAGCUGCAGGAACAGUGGGCGUCUCGACAUGAGCAGCUGCCAGUGCACCUGUCCCCAGGGCUACACGGGCAGGUACUGCCAAGUGAGGUGCAGCGGGCAGUGCCUCCACGGAAGGUUCAGGAAGGAGGAGUGCUCCUGCCUCUGCGACGCGGGCUACGGUGGAGCCGAGUGUGGCACAAAGAUCCAUUUCCCCUUCCAUGCCUGUGACGUGCAGAUAGACAGCGACUGCUUCAUGGUAUCCCCUGAAGCCGACACCUACUAUGGAGCCAAAAUUAAAUGCCAGGAGAAAGGAGCGAUGCUGGCGCAGAUAAGAAACCAGAAGGUUCAGGAUAUCCUGGCUUUCUACCUCAGCCGCUUGGAGAUGGGUAACAGGGUUACAGACACCGAUUUUGAGACUGGAAACUUCUGGAUUGGUCUCACCUACAAGACAUCCAAGGCUUCCUUCCGCUGGGAUGUGGGUGAGCCAUCCUCGUUCACCAGCUUCGCUUUUGGGCAGCCAGAUAACCAGGGGUUUGGGAACUGUGUGGAGAUGCAAGCGUCAGCCGCCUUCAACUGGAAUGACCAGCGCUGCAAGACCCGAAACCGCUACAUCUGCCAGUUUGCCCAGGAACACAUUGCCCUGUGGCAGCGGGACCCCUGA